AUGAAGUUAGCGAUUAUCAUAGGCCUAUGCUGCAUCGCCGUAGCUUGGGGUAAACCUGGCUCGUCAUACACAGACAAAUAUGACAACAUUAACAUCGAAGAGGUGUUAGAAUCAGACCGGCUAUUGAAAGGAUACGUCGAUUGUCUCAUGGACAGAAGCAGAUGUCCACCAGACGCCAAAACACUAAAGGAAACCUUGCCUGAUGCCCUAGAGCACGAAUGCCAGAAGUGCACGGCGAAACAAAAGACGAACGCAGACAAAGUGAUCAGGCACUUGGUGAACAAACGCCCGGAGCUAUGGAAGGAGCUAUCGACUAAAUACGACCCUGAUAACCUUUACCAAGAGAGGUACAAGGACAGAAUCGAGGCGGUCAAAGAAAAAUAA